CCGGUGGAAGAGGAAUCGGGGAUUGUUAGAGCUUUACUCCGCCUGCAUUUUCCAUCUUUUCCCCUUGUAAACAACUUACUCCGCUCUCCACCUUAUAUCUAUGGUCAUCUGUUCCGCUGCCUCUCGGGGCCCCAGGGAAUACGUGCAAUUCCUUGUGAAGAAGACAUUCCCCUUCUCUCCCCUGAAGAUGCCUGGAGACUUUUCUGUCUGUGUCUGCCUCAGCCCCCCACCACAGCCCCAGUUCCAUUGCUCGGCCUCUGGCUCCCUCCGCCCUUGCUUGGUUCCCACCCGUCGCCCCCCUGACCCACGCAAGAAGAAUGUCGUUUUUGCUGAUGCCCUCGGACUGGCGCUCACAUCUGUGCGACACUUCACACGUGCCUUCUUUGAUGAAGAACCGCUGGUACUCGCCCUGGCUUCCCUGCGAGCCCUGCGCCCUCUCUCCAGCCCUACUUAUACCCUAGACUUCAGCCCACCCACCCAGCGCUACAGCCGCUACAGAGAAAAGCUUGAACAAAAGAUGGUGUGCUUGGAGCAAUGUGCUGUGCAGGGGGCAUGUGUGGCGGGUACCGUGAGGGUGCGUAACAUUGGCUAUGAAAAGCGUGUCACUUUGCGUGUAAGCUGUAAUGGAUGGCGCAAUCACUAUAAUAUUCCAUGCACUUACCUGCGUGACCCCCGUGGGGGAGGGGACACAGACUCUUUUUCUUUCCGAUUGCCCCUUCCAGUUGGUACGGAGCAGGCAGAGUUCUGUAUCUGCUACUGGUGUGCAGGGGAGGAGUAUUGGGACAACAAUGAUGGCGAGAAUUACUCCUUGCACAAAGAGAGGAAAGGCAAAGGCUACCUAUAGGGACCCUACUGGUGAACUCUGUGGGCUUGGCUGCAAAGCUUGCAUCUGUUAACACUUCCAGUGCUGGCUCGCUUGAGGUCAGGUGCUUGUAACUCAUCCCACUUUAAAUGGUUUAUCUGGUACAUCUGCUGCUGCUGCUGCUACUAACUUGCAGGGUGUUGGGUGCACCAUGUGUGCACAUAAUGUGACUUCUGUGCUUGCAGCCCAGCAGGACAGUUCCAGCAUCUCAAAGAAAAGAGCAUAUUUGUCAUGUAGUUGCCACCAGUUGGUUUCAUCUGAUCGUUUUUGAAAGAAGUGAGGCACCUACUGAGACUGCACAUACAUACCAUUGUGCCUGAAUUGCACAUGAGUGGGACAAGUACAUAAUGGGGAUGUAGAGAUAGUGGCUUGUAACUAAAAUAUACUUUGGCAAGUCAGGUAAAAUCUUUUUUCCAAAAUGUAAUGAUUUCUGGCAGCUGCCAAGUCUGAAGGGACUCUUAGCACUGACCAACUGAUGUUCCAGUUGCCCUGCAGGCUAGGUCCACAAUGAUUUUAGGAUGUCUCCUUCUCACCACUUUUAGCUCAACCUUUUUACCAACAAACCAAAUAAAUAUUAUUUUUUAAA